GCGGCUCCGCGCCCGCCGCCGGCAUGGAGAGAGCGGGGCGGCACGGCCGGACCGAGGGGCGCCCCGCCCGGGGGGUGCUGCUGCCCCCUGGCCUCCUCCUCCUCCUCGUCCUCCUCCUCCUCCUGGCAGAAGAUUGUCUGGCUCAGUGUGAUAAUGACUGCAAAGCCUACUGCUGUGAUGGGACUACUCCCUACUGCUGUUCGUAUUAUGCCUACAUUGGGAAUGUCCUUUCAGGCACAGCAAUAGCUGGAAUUGUUUUUGGCAUAGUGUUUAUAAUGGGAGUGAUAGCUGGGAUUGCCAUCUGUAUCUGCAUGUGCAUGAAGAGCAACCGUGGGACCCGAGUAGGGGUCAUCCGGACCACGCACAUCAACACCAUCAGCACGUACCCAGUGGCUCCACCACCAUACAGUUAUGAAUUCGAAAUGGAGUACCCAGCUGACCUACCUCCACCUUAUACUCCAACCCCACAGACUUCAAUACAGUAUCCCCCGCCCCCUCCGUACCCUGGAUAUACAGGGAAAUAAUUAUAUGUCUUGACAUGGAUAUUGAGUGCCUAUUGCAACAGCCAGCACUGUUGGGACAGUGUUACCGGCUCAGGGACAAGUAGGGUGGGGUGUGCAUCAACAUGUAUGGCCCAGCAUUGGAAUAACCUGGAAAGGUUGCCAUAGCUCAGGAUGAAGAAAAAUCUUGUCCAUUAUGGACCGUCGUGUUUUGUGAUUAAACAAUGCAUGACCAAAGAAACAGUUCCUGUAAGUUGGUGUCUGCUGAGUGGUGCUCAGCAUCAGUCUUCAACUGCAGCAUGUGGGAGUGGGGCUUUUCCUGUGUGGGAACAUGCAAGUGGUGCAAAUGGUUCAGCAAACUGUUUCAAAAGCACAAGAGCCAGCUGCUGGGGUUUAUUUUGGGGGGAAAACUCCAACUGUUGUCUUGAAGUAACCACUAUGCCUUCCUUGAAACAAGGGGAAUAAGGAAGAACAAGGAAUACUGAAGCUGUUUUCAUUUUCCACUUCCAGCUGAUAAUAGCCAAUGAUCACUGUGCUUAUUGGUCUGAUGAGCAUGUUACAAAGAGAAGUGCUGUUGGAGUUAUGCAGUAACUAAAAAAUGAUGGGUAUUAUUUUUGGCCAAGUGCAGGUUGUUUAAAUUGCCAGCAGUUUGAGACUAGUUUGUAAACGAAAGUGUUAACAUAAAGAGCAUUUUUGUAUGUGAAAUACACUAAUUUAUAGAUGAUUUACUUUUGCCUGGACUUAAAUACUCUAUACAUUGGAAAUAUGCUACAAUGCCUUUUUCAUCAACAAAUGAUACUUGGAUUUUAUUAUAAAAAUACUGAAUUGGCAAAACUCACAAGUGGUAGAAGAAAUGCAAACCAAAUAUUGAAACAUCUCAGGUUUGUCUUCAGUUGGAUUGCAUAAAGGCUUUUUUUUUUUCCAAGUCAUACUGUUUACCGGUAAUAAGGAUAUUCAGCCUGACCAAAGAGAUGAGCAUAGAGGCUGAGGAUCAUGUUACUUUUGAAUGUUGUCUUGGGCAUUUUAAAAAUCUAGGUCACUAAGUAAUACUUUUUGCAUUUGUCAUGCAUAUUGUUCAAAAUUACUUAUUCUUUGCUAUGUACAGUCCAGACCUUUAUGAUUUAAAAUGUUCCAUUAGGAGGCUAACUAUAAUUUAGCAGCAGCUGUUUGACUUCAGAAAAGAAUAUUCUAUUGCCUAAAGCAUCAUCCUUCAGUGGUAAGACUGUUAUUUUUCUCAGAUUUAUAUGCAAACUACAAACACAGUGGUUCUCUUCAGCGGUGUAAAAGUGCUGAAUGACCUUAGUUUGAAUUGAGUGUCUGGGCAGUUUAAAAAUGCUACAGCCAAAAAUACGGCACCUGGAGUUCAGGACAGCCGUGACAUCAGGUCCAUCUCGGAGGGAGAGACUGAAAGUUACUGCUGAUUCCUGGAGAUCAGAAUGCAUUUAAAUGUUUUCCAUUGUAGCCCUCAUCUUAUUUUCAGGUGUAUCCACGUAGUAAUGAAUAAAAAAGCAGCUUGCAAGACA